AUGGAGCACUUUUGUUUCAAAUUGGUAGCUGCAGAAGGAGUAGGAGCUGUCAUAAAUCUCAUCAUGUGUGCAUGCAUGUGCAGGUACACGCAGGAGAAAGAAGAGGAAGGGGAGUGGGGUCAAGCACUGAUGGGAAUUGUGGUGCUUGGAUUAAACAGAUCUCAUGCCAAGAAUGCGCUUAACAGAAAUCUUUUAAAAAUGAUGUCAAAAGCUGUGGAUGCUUUGAAAUCUGAUAAGAAAGUACGAACUGUUAUAUUCCGGAGUGAAGUCCCAGGAAUAUUCUGUGCUGGUGCUGACCUUAAAGAAAGAGCAAAAAUGCACUCAAGUGAAGUUAGUUCUUUCGUCUCAAAAGCAAGAGCAACUGUUAAUGAAAUGGCUAAUCUGCCUGUACCUACUAUUGCCGCAAUAGAUGGAACUGCAUUAGGUGGUGGCCUAGAACUUGCGUUAGCCUGUGACAUAAGAGUGGCAGCCUCUUCUGCUAAAAUGGGCCUAGUUGAAACAAAGCUGGCAAUCAUUCCAGGUGCAGGGGGGACACAGAGAUUACCUCGCACAAUUGGAGUGUCUUUGGCAAAAGAACUAAUCUUCUCUGCACGUAUUGUAGAUGGUGAGGAAGCAAAAUCAAUAGGAUUGAUUAGCCAUGUGGUAGAACAGAAUGAAGCAGGGGAUGCUGCAUACAGAAGAGCAUUAGCUCUGGCAAGAGAAUUUUUACCUCAGGGACCAGUAGCAAUGAGAGUUGCAAAACUGGCGAUCAAUCAGGGAAUGGAGGUCGACUUAGUAACAGGUUUAGCAAUUGAAGAAGCUUGUUACGCUCAGACUAUUCCAACAAAAGAUAGAAUUGAAGGUCUUCUUGCAUUUAAGGAGAAGAGACCUCCUCGCUACAAAGGAGAGUAAAAGGAUGCCUUUAAAAUACAGUGGGAUAAAAGUACUGCUAUGAGGACCAUUAAGGUGCACUUUGCAUCUGCACCUGGAAUAUCACAACCACCGAUGUAAAAAGCAAAUCAUACUGACGUUACAACAUUUUGAAUGUGUCCAUACUUGUACGGGGCCCAGAUAGAAAUGUGUUUCAACUCAUGCUCAUUACCAUUUCUGAAGGUUGAUCAGUGUAUUGGCAAGGUCAAAGGUUCAUGCAGCAUUUUUAAAAUUUCAUAUAUGUGAAACAUACCAUUCCAUAAUUGAAAAAGCUCUGUAUAAUCUUUAUAUAGGCAAAACCUAUAUGUGAUGUUAAGAAUAAAUCUGCUGUACCAUUUUAUCAAAAGUGACUACUAAACACCAAAAAUUAGAAAUUGUACCAAAUAUGCAUUAAAAUGGUUCUGUAUAUCAGUAAAAAUUAUAUUUCUGUAUUCUACCUGAAUAUGUACAUUAAUAAAGCUAAGGAAAUUAAAAGGAUUAUUGUUUGGAAAAUGUUAGGCUUUAUUUAUCUGACACUAUUUUAAGUAAAAUUAAAUUAGCUUUAGCACAUAAUGGCAUCCUUUUGAUUAAGUCAUCGCCAUUGUAUUCAUUUAAUUGCAUUAAAUGAAGACAUUUUUGAGGCCAGGCUUUAAUUAUUCAUUCCUGUAUGUUAAACCUGACUUUGUCUUGCAUUCUUCCAACCUAUCAUCUGAUCAACACUGUCUGCUAUGAAGGGACUUUAUUUCAUGUGCCCCAGUUAUUUUAAAUUUUUUCUGACUGUAUUAAAGAUUGUAAUGCAGGGAUUCAACUAAAGCGCUGUUAAAGAAACUAGAAUUCUCUUAAUCUCCAGAAUAUUCCUUUUGCAGGUCCUAAUAAUGUAUAUUUAUAUACAAUGGGGAUGAUACUGAAAUAUUCUUUAUUCUGUGGCUGCCUCAGGGUUCUUUUCAUACAUUGAAAGAGAAAUCCAAUAGGUUACAAGGUGAGAAAACUCUUGUGAUUCAUACUGCAUAUUUGCUGUGGAUGUGGAAAUAACAUCUUAGAAAGUAUUUUUGUUAACUUGACUGGAAAAUAAAUGUGGUUUAGUAGUCAGA